GCGGCGGCGGAGGGGGCCGGGAGCUCCGCACCACGGCCGCUGUGGCGCUGCGCCGCCAGGGGGCGCCAUCGCUCCGCGCCGCCGAGCGUGCGGGUGUCAUGGCGGGGGAGCCCCCCGUCAGUGGGGCCCGGCCCCAUAGGGACCCCCAUGGCCGAGCUGUGGGGGCCGGGGCCGGACCCACCGCACCCUCCCGGGUCCCGGUGCCCGUCGUGCCCCACCGGGAGCAGCGCAACGGGCGCCGCAGCGGAGCGGCGCUGGCCGGGCUGGCUGCGGGCAUGGCCCUCUGCUACCUGCGGGACCGGAUGUCCAAGGAGGAUGCUCUCCUGGAAGCCACGAGGAUCAACGACACUUCGGAGGUCAGCAGGCUGCUGGCGGCCGGCGCAGACGUGAACGCAAGGCACAGGCUGGGCUGGACAGCGCUCAUGGUGGCAGCCAUCAGCAGGAAUUCCAGUGUGGUGAAGAUCCUGCUGGCAGCCAAUGCAGAUCCAAACCUUGGAGAUGACUUCAGCAACGUCUAUGAGACUGCCAAGGAGAAAGGCCUCCACUCUUUGGAAGUGCUGGUGACCCGGGAGGAGGACUUCAGCAACCGGCUCAACGUGAGGGCCAACUUCAGGGGCUGCACAGCUCUGCACUAUGCGGUGCUGGCCGAUGACCACCGCAGUGUCACACUGCUGCUGGAGGCAGGUGCCAACCCCCUGCAGAAGAACGAGAUGGGUCAUACCCCCCUGGACUACGCUCGGGAUGGGGAGGUCAAGGAGCUCCUGAAAGCAGCAGAGACAAAGUUCCAGGAGGAGCAGCGCCGGAGGGAGGUGGAGGAGCGCCGGCGCUUCCCACUGGAGCAGCGGCUCAAGGAGCACAUCAUCGGCCAGGAGAGUGCCAUUGCCACUGUGGGAGCAGCCAUUCGGAGGAAGGAGAACGGCUGGUACGACGAGGAGCACCCGCUGGUCUUUCUGUUCCUGGGAUCCUCUGGAAUAGGUAAAACGGAGCUGGCCAAGCAGACAGCCAAGUACAUCCAUAAGGAUAUCAAAAAGGGCUUCAUCAGGUUGGACAUGUCGGAGUUCCAGGAGAGGCACGAGGUUGCCAAGUUCAUCGGCUCCCCACCGGGCUAUGUGGGCCACGAGGAGGGGGGGCAGCUCACCAAGCGGCUGCGGCAGUGCCCCAAUGCUGUGGUGCUCUUCGAUGAGGUGGACAAAGCCCACCCCGAUGUCCUCACCAUCAUGCUGCAGCUCUUCGAUGAGGGCAGGCUGACGGAUGGGAAGGGCAAGACCAUUGACUGCAAAGAUGCCAUCUUCAUCAUGACCUCCAACGUGGCCAGCGAUGAGAUCGCCCAGCACGCGCUGCAGCUGCGCCAGGAGGCCCUGGAGAUGAGCAAGAAGAGGAUAGCAGAAAACCUAGAGGAUGUCCAGAGCACCGACAAGAUCACCAUCUCCAAGCAGUUCAAGGAGAAGGUCAUUCGCCCCAUCUUGAAGGCUCACUUCAAACGUGAUGAGUUCCUGGGCAGGAUCAAUGAGAUCGUCUAUUUCCUGCCCUUCUGCCACUCGGAGCUCAUCCAGUUGGUCAACAAGGAGCUCAACUUCUGGGCCAAGAAGGCCAAGGCGAGGCACAACAUCACCCUGCUCUGGGACAGGGAGGUCAUGGACGUGUUGGCUGAUGGCUACAACCUGCACUAUGGAGCUCGCUCCAUCAAACACGAGGUGGAGCGGCGCGUGGUGAACCAGUUGGCUGCUGCCUACGAGCAGGACCUGCUGCCGAGGGGCUGCACACUCAGGAUCGCUGUGGAGGACUCAGACAAGCAGCUCCUCAAGAGCAAGGAGAGCUCAUUCCCGGGAUCGGGAUCGGGAUCUGGAGCAGGCAAGGUCCCCACACUGCGCCUGGAGAUCGUGGAGCAGGGCAGCAGAGCCCGCAGGUUGGACAUCCAGACCCCGCUCAGCCCUGACAACAUCACCCACUUCCUAUAGGCACCAUUGCAGGCAAUAAAGCAUCCUCAGAUUCAUCAGCCAGUGAGGAUGGGCAGGGGCUGGGCCCCACGGGCUCUUAUGGGGUGGUGGUGGGCACUGGGGAGGUCUUGGGGUGCUUUGGGAAGGGGACGGAUGGAGCUUCUUGAGGGGCUUUAGGGCAUGCAGGAGAUGGGGGUCUGCUUGGGAAGGAUGUGGCAGCUGUCCCAUGGGAAGUGCUGGGAUGCCGGGUUGGGAAGAGGGAUGCAGGGAUGGGAUGUGCCAGUGUUCCCAUGGAGAAGCCACCACACGGUGUGGGUUUGCACAGGUAUUUAUUGCAAUAAA